UGGUUAUGCGCAUGUCGUAACGAAGGGCCACGUGCUUUCACGAGUUUCGGUUGAGCGCAUAUCAUGAGCAUGAAGUGUAAGAGUUCAGCUAGCUGCUAGAGGUUAGCAGUUGCGGACCCGAACAAGAGGACAAGUAAUAUUAUUAGUUUAGUUUCUUGUAAGGCGAGCAGUGGUCUUCUUGGUCAACGGCUGGACAAUCAGCGAAGACUGACCGGAUUUUCUAACAUCUCGUCUCGCCACCUCUGGCUUUGGCAACGCCGGCCACCGGUAUCACGAUGGACGUCCUCGAGGUGGGAAGCAACAACGGCACAAGAUGUUUGGGCAAUGUGGAGACACUCAGUACGAAGGAGGAGUGGAUAUUCAUCGCAGUAGCGGCUGGUAUCAUUAUUCUUCAUGUGUUGAUGGCGAAAAGAAAAUCAAGCGGUGGCAGAGUAGCUAUACCAGUGCCCAUUGACUUUCUCCUGCUAUCGGAUCGACGCCGGCGUGCAGCCUACUGUCUGGUGUACGGUGGAGCCACGGCAGGCAUUGGUACGAUCCUACUGGGCAAUACCCUGUUCCCAGAGGCAGAGGUCAAGGACAAUCCGUUUAUAGCAGUCUUGGUGAAGAUUCUCUCCUUCUCGCUCGUCGGCUUGGUCUACUAUCCUAUGUUCAUCUCCGUGACCACUUCCAACUCCAUCAUAAGCAACAUCAUUGGUCUGCUCUACACGAGUUCCUUUUUGGUAGCCAAGAUUGUGUUUCUGGCCGAGUGUCCAGAUACUCUUACGGCUGUGAGUUUGGUUCUGUCUAACUUGCCAGCCUUCCUGGCUAUCGUGGUCAUCAUCUUGUACCUCCUAACCAAAUUGGUGCGGAACAUAAAGAGGGGAUCUGAGGAGGAGAGCUGGCCGCUUGAACCCCAGGAAGAGACACCCGUGCUGGACGCUGACGAAAACAUCUGGCAGGUGGCUUACGUCAAGCGUCUGUUCCAUCCACAGCCACCACCCAGUGAGCAAGUGUCAUCAUGCUUCAAGCACUGGAAGCUACAGGUGUAUAACCCCGAUCAUCCUUUCCAAUACUCAAUACGUGUUCUGGUACCACUGGUGGUGGGCACCUGUGUUAUGUACUGGCUGAUUCUCCUUCUCACCGUAUUGUUCGGUGUCUUCAUACAAGGAAUCCGAACAAAGCACACCAGAAGCCAUGAUGGGAAAGUGAUAUUGAUAUGGCUGGCGGGGUCUGCAUUCUGCGGCAUGGUAAUAGCGACGCUUGUCUCUCUAUCACAGGUCUUCUACAUUGCAAAGCAUUUCCGGCGUGACAUGCUUCUGAUGUACAAGGGAUCUGAAGUGCAAAUCAAACGCAUCAGGCAUGCCAAGCUGGCAUUCAGGCCGUUCAAACAGCAUGCCUUCACCAUGUUUGCUGGAUAUCAAUCAGCCGUUCUUGUCAUGGGUUUCCUGUUCCAAUGGAUCCUGUUCUUCAUCGCAUGCGCCGUCAUUUCGGUCUUCUUCGCUUACGGAGCAAUCACGUCCACGGCGGAGUCAUUCAACUUGUUUCUCAAUAUUCUGAGUCCGGUUGUAGCGUCGCUUCUGAUCUACGUCCUCCAACACGUUUGUGUCUUCUUCUUCUUCAUGGAGGACGGUGGCAAGGACUCACUCAACAUCAACAACAGACGCUGGCAUAACAACCUCGCAUAUUUCACAUUCUUCUGGAACAUGAUGAUUGGGUUCUUUGUAGCCAUCGUCCGGGUCAUCUUGUCUUUCUUUGUAGCAUCCGUCAUGGUGUCUCGUCUCAGCAAACCUGUCAUGCUACCUGGCUACGAGGUUUUCGACCGAGGAAAUGUUCUCUACACUAACUUUGUGCGCAUGGAGAACCACUUGACCAACCCGUGUCUGGUGGUGUUCAGCCGGUUGCUGCUGGCCACGCAGGGCAAGAUCAAGGGACAGAGCGGCUCUGCAGACCGAUCGAGUAGAUCGUCUUUGUUCGGUAGUGGCAUGGCGGGCCGAUCCUAUGGUGCUGUCUCCAAUCCACAUGAUGAUUCCAACUCUUCUCCGUUCCGCGUCUCUCGGCUGGCCAGGAAUCGCUGGUACGUUGCGGUGACCAUGGUUCUGAACCCGUCCGUAGUGAAAACACGCCGCGGAGACCACAUACCAAAGCUACAGCGAGCACUAGAAGAACCUGCACCGUCAGCACCGUCAGCGGCAACAGCAACGACAGACGGGGCAGAAAAGAAGGAAACCGACAAGAUGGGCUUUGUCGCAUCCUACACACAAUCAUCCAGUGCUGACGGCGGUGGAGCCGGCGGGGUUACCAUAGCGACCCGGCAGCGUGCCUCGCAGAAGUACUCUAUACAGGACGUCGAACAGAGUCAAGACAUGACACCGGACUAUAUCGAUGACAUCAAGGGAGCUCUAAUUGAUGUGGUCACCGCGUAGGAACAUCGCAUCGCAAUGUACUCUGUAUGUGCUAUGUGACGAUUGGAGGUGAAUGUUCGCCCGACUCUCGGAUACUACUCCGCAUGUGUUGUAUCGGACCGGUUGCUGAGUGCUUGUCAGUCGCGCGGGCUGCUUGAUAUGCGCGUGGUAUCCGCGUGUGCGUGUGUGUGUUUGUCUUUGUGUGUGUGUGCGUGCGUGUGUGUGUGUGUGUGUGUGUGUGUGUGUGUGUGUGUGUGUGUGUGUGUGUGUGCGUGUGUGUGCGUGCAUUGUUGACUUCGCCUGCGGUCGGAAGUCACAAUACGAAAAAGCUAUUGUCUUGUGAAACAGUUUCCGUACAGCAAGAUAGAAGGGGAGGUGACUGCACAACUGCAAUAAGGAUUAAUUUUCUUCUCUCCUGCGCUUUCAGUCUCCUAGUUUUAGUUUGGCCUCUCCUCUUGUGUGUGUGUUCGCUGUGUGUGUGAGAGGCAUGCAGUUGACAUUGACAACUACUGCUACAUGUACAUGUACUGCAGACUCUCUUCACACUGUCUACAGGUUCUCCUCCUUCUGUUUUUCUCUGAUCGAUGAGAACUCCUCUUUCAGAUGCAUGUUCUUUCCAUGCUGGGAAUUCAGGGGUUCUCCUCUUCUGUUUUUCUCUGAGAAUUCCUAUUUCAGAUGCAUGUUCUUUCCAUGCUGAUAAUUCAGGGGUUCUCCUCUUCUGUUUUUCUCUGAGAACUCCUAUUUCAGAUGCAUGUUCUUUCCAUGCUGGUAAUGCGGAGGUUCUCCCCCUUCUGUUUUUCUCUGAGAAUACAUGUAGAGUAAUUAUUUCAAAGCCAUGUUCUUUCCAUGCUCUUUGUCAGCCUUUGGGUAAUCGUGAAAUAAAGAUUAUUAUUUGAAUGCUAUAGUAAUAAUAAUUAUUAUGAGGGUUGCCCUCCUGUUUUUCUUCUUCUGAGUAAAUUCUUAUACUUAUCAGAUGAAUGUGCUUUCUAUGCUCUUUGGUACCUAGUAAUAAUUAUGCUGGACACUUUUA